UUUCAGACUAGUUGGGUUACACAGAAUGGUCGAAAUUGACUUUAAUAAAGAGAACGAAGAAGAUUUUUCGGAUCCGCCAGGAUUUGUUGACGACGUCACCGAUGAUGUUCUCGUUCCUGACGUUCUCCACAAGAAACCAACUAUCGAUGAAUUUGAAGACAAUUGCGUCUUCAUCGCGGGAAUCCCAGUUGUUGGAGCUGACCGUCUUGGAAAACUCCAAAGUGUACUGAAGAAGGUUCUGGAGAGGUUGGAUCCUGCAGUGAAGCUCUACAUUCCGCCAAGUCCAGAAGGAGGUUGCUUGGGAGUUCUGCUCACCGAGUGGGCCGAUCAACGAUCCGCUCAGUUCGCCGUGAAAAGUUUGAAUGGAUAUGCUUUCGAUAAGAAUCACACAUUCACCGCCCGUUCUUUCAAGGAUAUGAAGCAACUCGAAGCUCCUUCCGAUCACUGGACAACUCCAGAGAAGCAGGCUUAUAAUGACGUUGGAGAUCUCUGGUGGUGGCUUCAAAACGAGCGUUGCCGUGAUCAGUUCGCAAUUUCCCACGAUAAACUUGGAGUUCCAACUGUCGGAGUGUUCACCAAUAUGAAGGGAAAUGAUCCAGAGCUUGCAGGAGAUGCCGAUAAGGCUGAAAGAGCUAACUGGACCGAAACCGUCUUCACUUGGUCACCACACGGCUCCUACCUUUCCACGAUCCAUAAGCAAGGAAUCAUACUUUGGGGAGGCAAAGACUACGCUCGUGCCCACCGUUUCGCUCAUACCAACGUUCAAUACAUUGAUUUCUCGCCGUGUGAGACCUACCUUGUUACCUACGCCGCUCCGGAAGAGUCGAACAGCUGGGGAGACUGUGAGAAGGAUAGUUUGAGAAUUUGGGACGUCCGAACCGGAGAAUUGAAGAAGGCCUUUUCCACUUUCGAGCUCACCGGAAGAACUCAGCUCCCAACCUGGCCAUUCUUCAGAUGGUCAUUCGAUGAGAAGUACUUCGCGUGCCUCAAGGCUCCAGAAAAGGAUAAGCUUGAGCGUGAGCAGAAGAUCAACGGAAUUUCGAUCUUCGAAUCCGAGAAGUUCGAGCUCUAUGAAGGCCGUCCCGUGAAUAUCGAGAAUAUCAAGCAAUUCGAGUGGUCGCCAACAUCCACAGUCCUCGCCUACUAUUCAGAGUGCACUGACGCCGUUCCAGCCGAGUUUGGACUCUUGCAAGUUCCAUCAAUGCAGAGACUUCGUUCGGCUCGCGUUCACAAUGUCGCCGACGCUCAGAUGUUCUGGCAGAAGAGCGGAAAGCGAUUGGCCUUCUACACGAUGAGAUUCAAGAAGAAGGAGUACAGAGAGACCGGAGAAGUCAAAUAUGUGGGAGGAUGCCAAUACCACGUGGACAUCUUCGAGAUUGACAAGAAGGACGUUUCCCUUAUGAAUCUCCCACUUUCGGAGCCAUUCAUCCAUUUCGAUUGGGAUCCAGAAGGCGAUAAGUUCUGUGUGCUCGUGGGAAACACCGCUAAGGCCACUCCACAAGUCUACAAGAUCGAGGCUAACAGCCACGCACCGAAGCUUGUGAGCAAGUUGGACGCUGGAGUUCACUUCAAUGAGGUUCAAUUCGCGCCGAAAGGAGGAUGGCUUGCAGUUCUCGCCAAGGUGUCAGCUGGAGGAAACGUCUAUUUCAUUGAUACUUCUUUGUCGGAGGCCAAGAGAACUAAUGUUAUAGAACAUCCACUCUUCAAUAAGGGAUAUUGGGAUCCAACUGGAAGAUACUUUGUGACAUGCUCAACGUUGGGAGGAAGAGCCGGAGCCGAUUUGGGUUACCGAAUCUUCACAUUCCAGGGAAGAGAACUGUGCAGAAAGAAUCUCGACCGGCUCGCCCAAUUCAAGUGGAGACCACGGCCGCCGGUGAAGUUGAGCGAACAGAAGCAGCGUGAGAUCAAGAAGAACUUGAAGAAGACCGCCGCCAAGUUCAUCAAGCAGGAUGACGACGAAAAGUGCAGAGCCAGUCAGGAGGUUGUUGAGAAGCGACGCAAGAUCAUGGCUGCCUUCGAUAUUAUUCGAAGCCGGAAUCGCGAGCAACUCGACGCCACCCGUGACGAGAGAAUCUCUCUUCGAAACGGCGUGGACACAGAAGCCCAACUCGACGAGGACGAAUUUGUGGAUGAGGAGAUUACCAUUGCGCUGAGCACAAGCAAAACACAAGCCCCUCUGACGGAGGAGGAGAUGAGAGACUAAUUAGUUAUUUGAUUUCCCGGUUUUUCCCCUUUUUUAUGCGCUGCUUUUUCUUCCUGAUUUCUCGAAGACUUGGAGCGGCGUCCCCUCUUUUUGGUGGUUCCACCAUGUACUCGUUUUCGUUUUCCUCUUCAUUUUCCCAGUCAUGUCGUCAUUUUCUGAACAACGCCUUUUUCUAUGGCAAAUUUAACUUUAUGAUGCCUGAAUGGAGAAGGUUUUUUCAAGCUUCUUUUGGGCGGCCCUAAUAUUAUUUAAUUGUUUCUCUCUAUCCACUUUAAUAUCUCUUGUUGCUCCCGUCUCUCCGUGUUUUCUGGUGGUUUUUGCCGAUAAAAUGUUGAUGAAUUAGUUGAUGUUUCAGAUUUUUUCCAAAUAAACAGAAGUGAAAAUUCAUAAAU